CUUUCAAAAAAAUGGCCCCGAAGGAGCAAAAGUCAAAGGAGGCCAAGGCCUUGGCUGCGGCCAACAGCAGCAAGGGCAAGCGGAAGAAGUGGAGCAAGGGCAAGAUGAAGGAGAAGGUCAACAACGCAAUCCUCUUCGACAAGGCAGUUUAUGAGAAGCUGCUGAAUGAGGUGCCGAAGUAUAAGAUGAUCUCGCCCUCCGUGCUGGCGGACCGCCUUCGCAUCAAUGGCAGCCUGGCUCGUGCUGCCAUUAGGGAGCUGCUCAACAAGGGGCUCAUCAAGCCUAUUGUGCACCACCACUCGCAGCUGGUGUACACGCGCGCAACCGGCGCGUAAUGUCGUCUUGGAACGUUGGCGUGUAACACAUUGGCGGCUAUGG